AUGCGACUCAUCAACACCGAGUCGUAUGAGCUGGAGGAGUUCUUGGGAGAUCAGAUCCCUCGCUACGCCAUUCUGUCCCACACUUGGGAGCAAAACCAGGAGGUGAGUCUCCAUGAAUGGAAGACAUACCGCCGAGAUCUAGCGCCUGCAUUCCGGAAGCGAGGCUACGACAAGAUCACGGCAGCUUGCUUCCUAGCCAGCUCUCAGGGGCUGAGCUAUCUAUGGGUAGACACCAACUGUAUCGACAAGACCAGCUCCGCUGAGCUGACCGAGGCAAUCAACUCCAUGUUCAACUGGUACCGUAAUAGCACCAUCUGCUUCGCUUAUCUGUUCGAUGUUGUAGGCGUGGCCAAGACAGACCCGGAUCCUCUAUUCGAGAGGAGCCGGUGGUUCACACGAGGCUGGACGCUCCAAGAGCUUCUGGCCCCUCAUCAACUCGAGUUCUACACAAGGGACUGGGAGCCGAUGGGUUCCAAGAAGAGCCGGCACCUUGCCAUCAGCCGUGCAACUGGCAUUGAUACCAGAUACCUCACGGGCCUGGGCCCAGGCGAAGCUUGUGUCGCAGAAAAGAUGAACUGGGUCGCCAAGAGGUCGACCACUCGGCCAGAAGACCUCGCCUAUUGCAUGCUGGGCUUGUUCGACAUCAACAUGCCCUUGCUGUACGGUGAAGGUAGCCGGGCCUUCAUCCGCCUCCAAGAAGAGAUCUUGCGAAAGACCAACGACCACACCAUUUUCUGUUGGAGGCAUUAUUGGUCUUCUUCGCAUUCAUUCGAUGGGAUUCUGGCUAGUACCCCCAAGGCAUUCCAGCUAGGAGGAAGAAGUAUAGUGGAAACCAACAAGAAGGACUGGCGCAAGUCCGCUUACUCCUUGACGAACGCAGGCUUGAAUAUACGCCUGCCCCUCAUACGGACGCUGACGGGGUUUUAUGGUGUCCUUGAUGUCAGCUGGGCAAGCCAUACGUACGGGCGAGGUCUCCGUGGACAGAGACUAUGCAUACCGCUCGAAGGAUCUAUCGCUAGUGGUGUGUUCAAGAGAGUGCUGAGCCCACCUGUUCCGCUGUGUCUAUCGGCGGCAUGGGCCCAGGAUGAUAUCGACGCCUGGAUUCCGCCUAUCCAGCGAUUCACCAGGACACCGAUGUCUGACGCCACGCAGCUGCCGAAGUAUGGAGUAAUUUUGAUGUUCCGGGACUUACACCCCUUGAAAACACUCGACUUAGGUUGGCGCGUAACGAGCGCAUUCCUACCACUGGCCCAACGUGCUAGGUGGACCUCGCGGCCUUCCGCUGUCGAUUACAACAAUAGUACUCUGGCCCUUGAACCACUUUGUGUACCAGACUUAGUGGGAGCCGUGUUGAGAGUAUAUUUGGGCCCUACAGAUUCUUUGAAGGAGGGCCAAUGUACCCACGGAGUCAGGCGGUGCAUCGAGGUUUUCUUCGGAUUCCGCACAGUUCCCAUGGUAGGCCAGCCGCUUCACCUGCGGUGGCUUUACCAUAUCUUCCCACCCGUAGACAUGGCCCAAUCCACAGACCCUGUGGAUAAUCGCUGGGAAGACUUCAGAAUCCUGCUCGAAAAUGGCGGCCCUUUUGACCAUUAUUAUCACCGGACGCCAGUGUCUCUUGAGAUCGGGGAGCCCGCAGAAGUCAUGGUGGAUCGUCCUUGGCCUGGCGCUAGAUACGAAGAAGUUGGGGAGCAUAUGCUGUUACCCGUCCUUCUCAGGCCGUGCAGUGCUACUGGCAAAGCGAUCGGUUCUUCGCACGGAACAAAUUCCGCUUCAACUGAUGACGACGAGUCGAUGGAGUCGGAUUAG